AUGCCUACGCUACAGUCUGAAGAAAGCCUCUCGGAGCUUGGCAGGAAAAUAGCAGAGCUUGCCGAAACCUUCGAUAACCGCUACGCAAAGGAAUCUCUUGCAGGAACGGGGUCGUCAAGCGAAACUGACAAUCAUCGCAUGAAGGCGCGAGAGACACUGGUCCUAUUACUGCACAACAUGAUCGACAAGGUCCAAGGUCCUACUCGCACUUUGAUCGAAAUGAUAAACACGGCUCGAGUCAGACUCUCGGUGAUGCGCGCUCUCAUAAACUUCAACCUUACCGAGAAUAUACCUGACGGUGGUUCCGUAUCCUUCAAUAAGCUCGCCUCUAUCGUGGGAGCUAAUCGACUGAUGCUAGAGCGUGUAAUUCGCUUCGCUUUCAGUCAAAGAAUUUUCCGGGAGAAGAUUCCAGGCUCGGGAGAGGUGUCACACACAGAACUCUCGAAAGCGAUACCAGCUUUGACUCCAUGGUUCAAGCUCGUGCUGUCUCCGAUGACUAUCCUACCGGACUUAUCCCUGACAGAGGCACUGGAUCAGAAGAACAGAGCGGAGACGGCCGCGCAAUUGGCGUUGAAGAAGGGCUUUUGGACAUCUCUUAAGUUGAAUUCCAAAUUCGACGAAUUUCAAGACGGAUUGAGAUCUCUGUCAAUCGCUCAAAAGUGUUGCUUGGAGAACCCUGUUGGCGAUAUAUUUCGCUGGGAGGAACAAGGAAAAGCUCUGAUCAUUGACCUCGGAGGAGGAGACGGCUUUUCAUCUAUCGAAGCUGCCAAGAAAAAUCCUGAUCUUCACUUCAUUGUGCAAGAUCUUGAGGAGAAUCGAAUCCAAGCAGAGCAGAACAUUCCCCAAGAACUGAAAAAUAGGGUCCUUUUCCAGGCCCACGACUUCUUCACCCCACAGCGGCAAAUUGUUCAACACCCUGUGACCAUUUUCAUGAAAUGGAUACUUCACAACUGGUCAAAUGACAAUUGUGUUAAAAUCCUCAGGCAAUUAUUGCCGCUGUUAACCCAAGAAGGAAGCCGACUUCUUGUGCAGGAGUACCUUUUGUCGGAUUGUGGACAUAUUCGAGCUAUGGAUGUGACGAUGCUUACAUUGUUGAACUCAGGAGAAAGAACGCUCUUCGAUUUUGAAGCCUUAUUCCAGCAGGUGGAUAGAAGGAUGAGAAUUGUCAAGGUCUGGAACAGCGAAGAAUGGUGUAUGAAGAUAUUGGAAGUUGUAGUCGACGCUUGA